GGUUUCUCUUACAUAUCUGGAUAUGUGUGAGAAUCAACUACAGGGUUCAAUUCCAGAGGCAUUUGGGAACAUGACUUCCCUUGAACAACUCUAUCUCGAUGCGAAUAAACUUGAAGCUUCUUUCACCACAAAUCGAUGAGGAUCUUUGGACGCAAUUGCUCUUGAUUGGAUGUCUCUUCUCCAUUAAAGGGAUUCAACAGAGCAUUUCCUUUUGUUCAAGCAGUGAGGCUGAUGAUGUUGUUGAGGUCCAAACACCAAUGCUCUUUCAAUUGGUGUUGCAUCUCAAAAGCCCACUUACCCAUCCUCUAAGACUAAGUUGGUAGAUUAGGAUAAGCUGGAAGCUCAAGUUCACUGUGCCAUGAAUUGUUGAUGGUACAUGUAUGCUAAUGAUCAAACAAUUACUCUAUGGCAUGUAAACAGUGUGUGAAGUACAGCUUGUUUGUGGAUUUCUUCAAAUGGAUAUUGUUAGUGCUCGGAGGGAAGGAUCAUGGAAAGAUGAAGACGUGGUUUCCAGACUACACGGAAACAACACCAGGACUUAUGAGUGGGAAGCGGCCCUGCACCGAAGGUGGGAGAGCCGGUAGGGGGAGUCAACAAAGCAUUUCCUUUUGUUCAAGCAGUGAGGCUGAUGACGUUGUUGAGGUCCAAACACCAACGCUCUUUCAACUGGUGCUCCAUCUCAAAGGCCCACUUACCCAUCCUUUGAGACUAAGUUGUGUGAAGUACAGCUUGUUUGUGGAUUUCUUCAAAUGGAUAUUGUCAGUGCUCAGAGGGAAGAAUUAUGGAAAGAUGAAGACGUGGCUUCCAGACUACACGGAAACAACACCGGGUCUUCAGUACAAGGACUUACGAGUGGGAAGCGGCCCUGUAGUGGAAAUGAGAGAGCUGUUUUGCUGGACCUUUUGAUUGAUAUGAUAGUUCUGCAAUGCUCACAUUUACCUGUAUGAGCAUCCUAAAGUAGAGGAACGCUACAUUUGCUCUUCUCAUGAUGCCACCAUUUACGAUCUAGCUGAUUUAACCAGGGGGAAAUACCUGAAUUACCAUGUCCCUACUGAGUUCAACGACAUUGGUAGGAACCUGAAGGUUGUCUCUUUCUCAUCAAAGAAGUUGACAGACUUGGGGUUCCAAUUCAAGUAUGGAGACAUGCAAAAAGGAGCCAUUGAGACUUGCCGUGAGAAAGAAUUGAUUCCUCUUUUUAGUGAGAAGGAGAAACAUGCAUGCCAGUGGAGAGAACUAGAGGAAGAAAUAAAUGGAUUGUCUAUCUUAAUUUCUAUUUAUUUUUGGAAAUAGUUGUAUGGUGUGAAAGUUGCAAUGGGUCACCUGCAGGAUGAAAGUAUGCAACUAUAAGAGUAUAUUUUGUUUCAAACCUGUAGUCCUGACUUUGUUUAUAGCUAGUGAAACUAUACAACCAACAAGUCUUCAAUUUCUAUAAAAUUUUCUAGUGUUCCUCA